AUGCAGCAAUCAACGGUGCCACGAGACUCGAGCUGCCUUCAGCAUCUACCUGUAGAGCUCCAAACCGCUGUAUUGUCCCAUUUCACCUCACCAUCUGACCAGCCGACCCUUCAAGCCGUGCUUCUCACAUGCAAAUCACUUAACCACGCCGCACUACCACUUUCAGUGCGCACCUUCCGGAACACAGACCACAGGCAUGGAGGAGGUUUCUGUUCAGAGCGCCGGAAUGCGCAAUUCCUCCGCUAUAUUCUUUCGACAAGGCCAGAAUUGGCUAUCUUUGUUGAAAAUAUGAUCUUUGGCCAAUUCUCUUCAGAUCCCAACAUGGGAUAUGAUACUGAGGCACUAGAUGAGGAUGAAGAGCUCGAGGGCGAUCGACUGCUCGAUGAAUAUAGCUCCGAGGAGCUCGCGAUAUAUAGGAAACAUAUUGUCAACGCCCUCAGUCCAAGUUCCAUGUCGAAAUUUGCAGAAGAAUGGGUCAAAGACCUUGAACUCGGGUGCAGCGAUGCACAGAUUGCACUUAUCCUUAUGUCCUGCCCCAACCUCCGCAGCAUCUACUUCGAGACUCCUUACCACCAGCGCCAUUUCUUGCGGGCUCUUGAAUUUUUGAAUAAGACAAAGCCUCUCAUCACUUCUGGCUUGAAGCCAGCCCUCUCGCGUUUGCGACAUAUUUACUGUGAAACACAAAGCGUUGGUAGUCCGGGAGGCCAUCCUGGUGACAGGAACCCCGGCGCCUUCUUUCAGCUGGAUGCGCUCCAUUCGUUUGAAGGGUUUGAUGUCAGUAGUGGCAAUGAAGUCGAAAGAUUUUUCAAUCAAUUACCGGCUAAAUCUUCCAAUGUGGAAGAAAUCACCCUCCGUGGAUCUUACGUCUCUCCACGCGUCCUUCAAAGCAUGAUGAGAGUAUGUAAAGCUGUUAAGAGUCUUGAAAUUACGCGAGGGAUCUACCCUGGCCCCGUCGAAGAGCUAUUGCCAGGCCAUGUUCUGGCGUCGAUUCUCCCUCACGCAGAUUCUCUUGAGUACCUCCACCUCAAUGUGGCGGAAGAGUUCCAACUAGGUGUCCCUACCCAAGGCGAGCAUCUCUGUCUAGGCCUCGAGCUCCGAAACAUGACGUGUCUGAAAAGUCUUGUGACGGGGAUGCGUUCUCUCACUGGGUUUUUCAAUGGGUACACUGUCAUAGGCGAUACCAACACCCCUGCGCGCAUUCCACGGGUAAGAGGAGCUCCAAACCUUGCGGACUGUCUUCCUCCGAAUUUGGAGUCUCUGGAGAUCCACCGAUGUGGUGAGGACAUUUUGGAUCAAGUCCAAACCCUUAUUUUAGAAGUCCAAGAAGGAAGAUCCUUCAGACGACUGAAGUGUCUUAGACUGCUCUUUGACCGCGAGGAUGUGAAUCCUGAUAAGGUCCGGCUCAGCUUUGACCCUGCCCUUAUACGUAUAGACAUAGUAUUCCAGUCGCUUCAAAAUCGGUUGUACGAUCUUAUUCCAUCAUAUCGAAAAGGAGACAUGCGGGUAGACGCCAUCUCUUCUCCAAUAUAUGCCCACGACCUUCGGAAGCAGUGGCUUGCCAUCCGGGGCAGAGACAUUGGGUGCGCAUCAACAGACCUCGAGCUGUACGAAGCUCCAGGAAUCAUUCAAGAGCCGGGCCUUCAGGGUGCGGAGUGGACGGGUUGA